AUGGCUAUGAAUAUUGACUUUAGCGCGCUCAAAGCGCGGACUAUGGGAUCAGGUGCUGACGAGGAAGCUGUCACAGUGGACACUAGGGGACUGAUCUCUAAGGUUCUCGCUCGGUAUUCAGGAAAAUGGACUGUCUUGCGAGAGAUGAUUCAAAACGCUGCUGAUGCCGCUGCGACCAAAGUAACCAUCAAAUUCGAGACUUUGCCCUCCACGACAGUACCGUCUCCGUCCUCGACAGACCAAACGGCACUGCUCAAGCAUACCAUUUCCAACCAUACCCUGAGUCGCCUCUUAAUCUCAAACAACGGCCUUCCAUUCAGUGAGAAAGACUGGGCUCGUUUAAAGCGCAUCGCAGAUGGAAACCCAGACGAGACAAAGAUUGGUGCAUUUGGUGUUGGUUUCUACAGUGUCUUUGAUGACUGUGAGGAGCCAUUCGUGUCAUCGGGUAAUCAGGCCAUGGCCUUCUACUGGAAAGGCAAUGGGCUUUUCACUCGAAGACUAGACCUAGGUGAAACCUCGAACAAAGACACAACAUUUGUGCUGGAUUACCGAAACGAUUCCUCGCCCGUUCCAUCUCUUAUGUCGCUAUGCCAAUUUCUGUCAAGUAGCUUGACAUUCGUUGCCUUGGAAGAAAUAGAGCUGUUGUUGGAUGACUGGAGUCUCUUGCGCCUUCGCAAAAAGAGAGCUCCAGGUGUCAAUGUUCCAAUUCCGAGAGACAUCGAAACCAAAACCGCAGAAGGCCUGAUGAAAGUUGCCGGGGUUACCCAAGAGAUUGCACAGGUUGAUGCAGCUUGGAUGCGGAUUGUGGAGUGGAAUCCUAAUGCAAGCUUAUUCCGCCUCGACAAUCUUCGGGACACGACAAGUUCUCUGCGCAGCUUCUUCUCCAAGUUCACAGCCCAACCCGAGAAACAAUCACAGAUCCAGAAAACAGAGCGUUUCGAUGAGCCGAGCAACAUGACCACCAUGCAAACGGCGACCGUUUUCUUGCAUAUCAAUACUGCGUCUAUAGUGCCUUCGAUCGGCUCUUCUCUCAGCAAGGAACUUGAGCGCGCGACACGAAAGCCACCACCCAAAAAAGCCACGAUUGCGAUUUUGACUCCAUCUUACGAUGCCAAUGUUACGACAGGGGUUGCUGCGUCUCAAUCUGAGGUUCUUGCUUCCAUCCUCCCCACGAAAUCUGGAAGAGUCUUCAUUGGAUUCCCGACUGCGCAGACUACAGGUCUCAACGCCCAUGUGUCUGCGCCAUCUGUCAUCCCCACGGUCGAGCGUGAAAGCAUCGAUUUGAAUACCCGCUACAUCAGCAAAUGGAAUCUUGAGAUGUUGCGAGCAGUUGGUGUGGUCUGCCGGAUUGCUUGGUCCGCAGAAAUGGCCACUAUUAAAUCCAAAUUAGCCGCCACUGUUGGACCUUCCCGCACGAAAAUUCGAAAAGAAGAUAUCGUCGAUGUUCUUCCGGAAGCUAUACAUACUGCCAACCAGUUCGUAUUCCGUGAAUCCACGCCAUCGUCUGUCCUAGGUCAAACGAUCGAAGAUGCCUUCUGGAUGUGCAACAAAAACGCAUCUAUCGAGAUCUUGUCCACUUGUGGCGUGAUCCCCAGUCACCAGACUCGCAUUGCGCCCAAAGAUCUCAGCUUCAUGGACUCGAUUCCUGCCUUGCCAGAAGAAUUUGUACUAAACGCUAAGGCGUUUGUCCAAAGGCUGACAGAGUUCGGGCUGGUCACGGAAAUUACUGUUUCGGACAUUAAGCGCGAAUUAGAGGCGAGCACAUUACGUCCAAACCAGAUUGUUGAAUUUCUCACAUGGCUGGGCCGAAAGACCGUCAUGGGACAACUUGACCGACUUUCAAUUCAAAGCCUUCUUCGGGUUGCAGUCGCGAAUGAUGAAGAAAAGGAUGGUCAACCUUCUCGGCUCAUUAUUUUUGCUGAUAUCACCAGUUUCCUAAAUCCUCAACGCGUUCCAGCUGACUUGCCAGUGCCGGCAGCGGUGAUGCCCUUCCAUUUUACUAAAGCCCUGAGCAAGCAGGAGCUCGAGGCAUUGGGAUGGGGCGAGCUACAGGUUGUUCCCUGGCUGCGCUGGCUUGUUGAUAAUGCCGGGGAUCGGAGCCUUCUGACCGCAGAUCAGGACAUCACAAAGAGCGCCGCUUUUGCUGGGCAGGUUCUACCUGUUUUGUCAAAGCAAUGGGAGACCCUAAGCUCAACGUCAAAGCAAACUAUUGUCAGUAUACUGCAACCACAAACUGUCAUUCCAACAAAAAUUGGCAUGAAACAGCCUCCUCAGACAUACUUCGCCACGGUCCGGCUAUUUGAUGACCUUCCCGUGGUCCAUGGCCUGAAUGGUGUCAAAGAGAAACUACUACUGGCACUCGGAGUUCGCAAAACUGUUGAGCUAGGUGUGAUCUUUGAUCGACUCAUCAAUGCCCCGCAGUCUGGAGAUGCAAAGGGCCCGCCUGCGAGAAAAUGGAAUCAUGUGGAUCUCAUCCGAUAUCUCACUUCAGUUCGCGAAGACAUUCCCGCAAACGACAUUCAUAGACUCAAGGAAACAGAGAUAUGUACCGCCGAAAACAGGAAAGGUGACCGGCUUCCACCGAGUGGUCGCUUUAAGAUUGCUCAGCUGUACGAGCCAAAAGAUGUGUUCCGAGCAUUGGACCUUCCCGUCAUUGAAUGGCCUGGGAUAUACAACAGUGCUAGUAACGAGGGCAAGUUUCUCUCAAUGAUGGGCUUGAAGAGCUAUCCAUCCGGAUCGGAUCUUGUCCGGCUUAUGGUACAAAGUGAUGCUCAGAAAGACUUCGCUCUCAAGAACAAAGCAUUGUCAUACUUUAUUGCCGAGUAUCAUGCCAAUAAUUACAGCACAUAUGAUAUUGGUGCCGUUGGGGUAGCCUUCCUCCCAAUCGAGGGCUUGGAAGCUGUCAGUGCGCCAAAGGACUGUUUCACAGACGAUGGUGCGUCUUUGUUUGGGUUUAACAUUCUCAAGAGAGAUCUACAUCGCCAUGCUUCGAAGCUGGGUGUCAAGCCUCAUCCUCCUAUGAAGGAUUGCAUUCAGAUUCUCAUUCGCCAGCCUCCAAAGACACAAGGAGAUGCUAGAACGACCUUCAAAUACCUGGCGAGCAGGGCCUCGGAUCUAAGUCCACAGGAUAUUGAGCGGGUUAGCAGUUCCCCAAUCAUUCCCAUUACCGAGAGAAGCCACUCAGAGAAAGGGUCGAAAACUCGAUUUGUUUCACCGAAGCUAUGCUAUCUAGGCGACGGAGAAGACUACAAGGAUAUAUUCGACUUUGUAGAUUUUGGACAGGAGGCCAACUUCUUCCUUUUGGCCGUUGGGUCGAGAAGAGAGCCUACUAAAACAGAAAUUGCUCGAAUGCUGGUGAGGGAGCCUGCUCGCAUCUCCGCCGCCUUCCAAAGUUCCGACAAAUAUCUCAUGCUUUUAAGAACUUUGGCGGAGCACCUCCCGGUCCUGAAAAAGGAUAAAGACCUUUUCAGCGAUAUGAAGAGGGCGAAAUUCCUUUUGGCGAGUCGAGAUAUUCCACCUCGAGUGACAGGUCACAAUGGCAAAGAGAAAUCCUCGGAAAAGGACAUUGCAGACCUAGAUGAAGACCUCGACAUUCGAGAGUGGAGUCUUUCGUCCGCGAAAGAUACUGUCGUUGUGGAUGACUUUCAGAGCUUCAACCUUUUCAAGGAACAUAUUCUUGCUGCACCGCAGGAAGAAAUUCUGGAAAAUUUUUACGCCGCCCUUGGUGCGGUGCCCUUGAGCAGUUUAGUUGAGGAACAAGCACGAUUUGGGGGUGUGGCAAACGAUCAGAUAAUGGGCGUCAAAUUACACAAAAUGAUCCUCGAACGUGCGCGACUAUUCUUGCAUGAUCAACCCGCGGAUUCCAUUCAGCAUGGAACUCGGUGGCUGGAGCACAGCUUUAGCGUGCAAGUGGUUAAUUCCAUAAGCCUAACGCGUUCUCUCAAGGGCCGACGGGUGUCUCACACACAAAAGCGCAACGCUAUCGUGGCCCGCCUGUCUAGCAACUAUGGCUUGUGUAUCGGUCCAGGCAGAUACGAUCUCUACGAGAUCAGUCAAUCCCUAGUCCAUCUUAUUUUGAAGCGACCUAAACUCCAUUCGACGCUUACCCUGGAGAUGCUAUUGAAAACGGACCUAUUGGAGCUCCGUGCUCGAGGUUACAAUGUGGAGCGAAUCCUCAGGCAGAAGGCCCAAGAGGCUCGGAUUGCCGAGGACAAGCGACAGAAGCAGAUGGAGGAGGAGAGACGUGAACUCCAAGAAAGAGAGGCUGCAUGGGCAGAGACCCAAGCCCAACGAGCCAAAGAGGAAAGGACCGAGUCAAAACCUGAGCCGAGAUCACAGUCAUCCAUGCCAGGCGUCUUCCCCGAAUCGCCUAAUGGCAAAGGCUCCGCGGAUGAAACUCAUACCGUACCGCCCGAAUCAGUUAUGCCAGAAAGGGCUCCUCGGGGUUUAUUUGCCAACUUGAUCUCGCUCUCUGCUACCGGGUACUUCAACGCCGCCUCCUCCGCCCCGUAUUCCUCAAACGAUCCACAAAAUCUUCGCCCGGAGCAGACUGUCAAUUCUAACUCCCCGCAUCGAUUGCAUCAGGAGCUUCUCUCUGCUGUCCAAGCUUGUCGCGCUCACGGAUCAUCGGAUGUUUACAGCCGGCCUGAGACGAACCAAAUUCAAGAGAGCAAGUCGUACUGUGACGAGCGACCAAGCCAUGAUCUGGAAUUUGCUGCAACACUUCCGAGUGGUGUCAAUGUAUUGUUCGUCAGAUCCGUCACUGAACGAUCCUCCUUCCUGGCCAAUAACCGAGCAGGGUUCAAUCUCUUUGCCUCGAUCAUUUUGGAGUGUGGCUCGAUCUUCUCAAUGCGUGCAGACAGCCUGAGCAUCUUCUACGACCCAGGUGGCAAGACCAUUGCCUUCAACCGGGCGGGUAGUAUCUUCUGCAACUAUUUCUACUUCCAGCAGCUGCAUGAGCAGCCACUGCUCCGGAGUACCAUCCCCGAUCGCAAAGAUGCCAUUGUAUAUUGGUGGGUGAUUCUCUGCCACGAAUUAGCACAUAACCUUGUUGGCGACCAUAGCUCAGCGCACAGCUAUUAUACGGAAAGCUUCGUGGCCCAAUAUUUCCCCAAGGUUGCCGCUAAACUGGCGACUUUGCCCGGCCCCGCAACUCCCGCUGUGUGA